AUGUCAUAUAAAAACCAAAAAUUAAAUAGCCAAAUCAUGUCGGAUGAUGAAUCUCUAUAUGAAAGUGAAUAUUUAACAUCAGUUUUAAGUAUGGUUAAUGGUUACUGUAAGAUAAAUUUAGUCGUACCUCAGACUAGUUUAUUUUACUCGGGCGAUAGUUUAUUGCCAAUCAAUGCAAAAGUAAAUGAUCCUACACUUAAUAAUAAUAGCCAUAAAAACCAAGUGAUUAAUACACCUGAUAGCUUGACGAAUAUUUUAAAAAAUAUUGACCUAAAAGUUGAUGAAAAUAUAGAUGACAAGACAUUUCAUUCACCUAACAAAACAUAUGUUGAUGAAUUGCAAGUAUAUUCAAAACCAUCUUAUUCAGACAAUAGCAACCUUUUAGUGAGAACAGAGGAAAAUAAAAGUGAACCUAAAGGUAAAAAAAAGAAAAAUAAGUAUAAUAGAGUUUCCUCGUUGGAUAAUCAGACUUUAGUACCUUCUACACAUAAAGAUCAGAAUUCCUCAAAUGAAUAUUUUAAUCAGUUUGAAAGUGAAGUAUUAGAUGAUGGACAAAUCAAACAAGAACAAGAACUUCGAAAUAAACAAACGAAAAAUAUAAAAAAUAGUAUUAGUAACAAUGGUCAUCAAUCAAGAUCUCGAACAUCCCCCUCACGUCAAAAUCCUGAGGAUGAAAAUGUAUCACUCCAAUCUCAAUGUCCUUUAUGCUUUGGGUUGUAUCCUACGCCAGAUAUUGAGGCACAUGCGUCAGAAUGCAGCAUCUAA